AUGGAAGAAGUAACCGCUGGAAUACCGAACUGUGCAGUCUAUUUAGAUGAUAUAAUCGUAACAGGUCGAAAUAAUAAAGAACAUUUGAAUAAUGUUUUCAAAAUUUUUCAACGUUUGGAAGAAUACGGCUUGACAUGUAAAAGCGAAAAAUGUAGUUUUGCGCAAGAGCAGGUAGAUUAUGUUGGACACGUAAUCAAUGUGAAUGGAUUAAUGCCCACAGGAAAACGUGUAGAGGCAAUCAAAUUAAUGCCGCGUCCUCGUAAUAUUCAAGAAGUUGAAGCUUUCAUUGGAAAAGUUAAUUAUUAUAACAAAUUCAUUAAACAGUUUUCCAUAUUAGCUGCUCCUUUAAAUGAACUAAGGAAAAAGAAUGCUGUGUUUAAAUGGACAGCAUAUCAUGAAGAUGCUUUUCAAGCAUUGAAAAAUGCUAUGAUCAAAGCUACGGAACUCGUUCAUUAUGAUGAUAAGAAGCCUAUAGUGUUAGCAGUAGAUGCAUCUAAGUAUGGAAUCGGCGCAGUAAUUUCACAUCGUUAUGCUGAUGGUUCAGAGAAGCCAAUCGCGUAUGCUUCAAAAAAAUUAAACAGCAGCCAAGAACGCUAUUCUCAAAUCGAAAAAGAGGCAUUAGCAAUAAUUUAUGGAGUGACCAAGUUUCAUCAAUAUCUUUAUGGAAGACGUUUUGAAUUAAUAACUGAUCAUCAAGCGUUGACAACACUGUUUAAUCCGAAUAGAAAGUUGCCAGUGAUGGCGUUGCAUCGUUUACAGCGUUGGGCUAUUGUACUUCAAGCAUAUGAAUAUAUUAUACGGUUCAAAAGUUCAUCUCAGAAUGCUAACGCUGAUGCUCUUUCCAGAUUGCCGUGUGGGGAUGACAUACAAUUUGAUAGAAAGGAAGUUGUGAUGUUAGAUGAUGUCGAUACUGUUUAUCAAAAUGCUGUGGAUUAUCUUCCAGUAAAUGCAACAUUAGUAAAGGAUAUGACUGCUAAUGACAACACUCUUCAACGUGUCAGCAGAUAUGUACAAGAUGGCUGGCCUGAACAAUUGCCGAAAUCUGAAGGUAGUAUCAAACCGUACUUUAAUCGCAGAUUUUGCUUAUCAUUUCAGAAUGGAGUGUUACUUCUUCAGGCUGAAUAUACUAGAGUGGUGCUACCGAAAGCACUGCAAUCUCAAGUAUUAAAUUUGUUACACGAGGGUCAUUGGGGUAAAGGUCGUAUGAAACAGAUGGCAAGACGAUAUGUGUGGUUUCCUCUUAUUGAUAAAGCCAUAGAACGUAUUCAUGAUGAUUGUUCAUCUUGUCAACAAGGUGCAAGUCAACCAAAGCGAGAAUUUUCUGCAUGGCCAGAACCUAGUAGGCCGUGGGAAAGAGUUCAUUUGGAUUUCGCGGGUCCAUUCUUUAAACGUAUGUGGCUCAUAGUUGUGGAUGCAUAUUCAAAAUUUCCAUAUAUUGUGGAACUAUCAACAAUAACAGCUGUAACAACAGUUGGAGCUCUACAAAAAAUUUUUUCUAUCGAAGGUCUUCCGUGCAAUAUCGUGACAGACAACGGAACACAAUUCACGUCCAAUGAAUUUCAAAAGUUUUGUGAAAUGAACACAAUUCAGCACCUCACGUCUGCUCCUUUUCAUCCGGCUUCGAAUGGGUUAGCGGAAAGACAUGUGAGAACUUUUAAGGAAGCAGUAACAAAAAUUAUGAAAGAGGAACAACAUAUUGACAAAGCGUUGUAUAAAUAUCUUACAACGUAUAGAACUACUCCAAACUUAGCAACUGAUAAAUCGCCAGCAGAGUUGUUACAUGGGCAACCAAGAACCAUUUUAUCGGCGUUGUUCCCGAAAGACUAUGAAAAACUCAAAAUAGAAGUAAAUUCGGAGUUGGAGAGAAAGUGUUAG